GCGCGGCUGGCCAGGGCGGGGCACCCGAGCCUCCGGGACCGCCUCCCGCUGGCGCGCCUGGCGCGGCUGCUGGCGCUGCCUGGCUCGGGCGGCGGCCUCGCGCUGCUGGCAGGGUACGGCGCGCGUGUCGAUGGGGCCGCCGCCGAGCUGCCCUGCCGAGAGGGCCCGGGGUCCGUGGAGGCUCUGGAGGAGGCCGUGCGGACGUGGCCGGGGCCCGACCCGCUGCUGGUGGCAAAGCACGCGUGGCUGGGCCUGUCCCGGGCAGACAUCGUGCUGGGGCUGGCCGACCCCGAGGCCGUAGGAGGCGACGGCGCCGGCGCACUUCGGGAAAGCUGGCGCAGCCGCGGGCAGAGGAGGAGGAGGAGGAGGAGGAGGAGGAUGAGGAGGAGAAUGAGCAGGACGCGAUCGCGAUCGCAGUGGCCAGCCCGCAGCCGUUGUGGCGAGCGCGACGGCGUGAUUGCAGGCGCGGCCUGA